AUGAGAAAGAAGCUUGACACUCGGUUUCCAGCGGCUCGAAUAAAGAAGAUCAUGCAAGCGGAUGAAGAAGUCGGAAAGAUAGCGCUUGCAACUCCCGUUCUGAUAUCCAAGGCCCUAGAGAUUUUCCUCCAGGACUUGUGUGAUCGGACGUAUGAUAUCACUUGCAAGCGCGGGGCGAAAACCCUGGCCGCGUCCCAUUUGAAACAGUGCGUCGCCUCUUUCAGCGAGUACGAUUUUUUGAAAGAAGUCGUUUCAAAACUUCCAGAUGUUGACGCCCCGGACUCUCCUGAUGAUGCCCCAUCCGGUCGCGCAAAGAGGAAGCUGUCCGACGAUGAUCAAGAAGAUCCUGUUUCUCCGAAAUUUAAGGAAUCGAAGGGGACUAGCCGUGGGAGAUCAAACGGCUGCAACGAAGUGGAAAAAAUAGCUGCUGUUGAUAGUGGCCCCUGCGCAAAAGCUGCUGUUGAUGCCCCCCUCCUUAGAAACUGUGUUAAUUAUGAUAGUGAGGAUGACUAUGAUUGUGAUGAUGGGGCGUAG